UAGAAAUUUCGGACAAGUUUAAGUGACUCCGGGUGCAACUGACUUUAAAUAUCUGUCAUCGUCAGGAACGCUAAGUCAAUCACAGAAUCUGUUUCCGUUCCCAGUAAGAAGUAUUUGCCGCCCUAGCCCGAAGGUUAAAAUAGUAGCAAUUCAGGUCCAAACCCAUUAAAUCAACACCAAAGGCAUAGUAAAACCCCAACGGCCUAAAUUCAAAGCACAAGUCACCUGAAUCUUCUUCUGCAGAAGCCAUGAAGCUGCUGUCUCUGAACUAUGAUCACAAAGCACUACCUCUUAAAUCCAUUCACUCUCCCAAAACCACUUACCCAAGAACCAUUCAAUCUUGCUCUCUCAGGCAGGACCUCAAAGGCCGGACUGUUGCUGUAGUUGGCUUGGGAACAUCUGGAAAAGCUGCAGCUAGGCUUGCUCUUACUCGGGGUGCUUCAGUUAUAGGUAUAGACCAAAAUGAGAAUUUGAGUUUGUUGGAGCAAGAUCCUUCUUUUGUGACACUGACACAAACUGGGUUAAGGACAAUCCUUGGCCACUUUGAUUGGAAGCUGCUUAAUGAUGCAGAUGUGGUGGUUGUUUCUCCUGGAGUUCCCCUAGAAAACUAUGGUCUUUCGUGUUUGUUGCAGUCAGGAAAACAGGUCAUGUCUGAGUUGGACUUUGCAGCAGAAGUUCUCCCAAAAAGUGUCAGAAUUUUGGCAGUGACAGGAACAAAUGGGAAAUCCACUGUUGUAACUUAUGCUGGACAGAUGCUUAGUCAUUUUGCUAUUGAAACAUUUGUGGGGGGAAACCUUGGAAAUCCACUCUCUGAGGUUGCCUUUCAGUGUUUCAAAUUGCCAUCAGAAGAAUGCAAGCUUAAGGUUGCAGUAGUGGAGGUCAGCAGCUAUCAAAUGGAAAUUCCCUGUGUGUACUUCUGCCCUACUGUUUCUGUGGUAUUAAAUCUUACCCCUGAUCACUUAGAAAGACACAAGACAAUGCUGAGUUAUGCAGCAACUAAGUGUCGUUUAUUUUCUCACAUGACGAACACCAAGUUGGGACUUCUUUCAUUUGGGAAUCAGCACUUGGAUAAAGCAAUUAGGAAAUAUUGGAACAAAUUUAAUCUCGCUUGGAUAGGAGCUUUUCCGGGAGUGGAAAUUGAUAUGGAGGCAAAAAUUGCCAGCUUUGAAGUUCCUGAUAUAGGAGUUGCAUCACAACUGCAACUUGGUGGCAUGAGAGCUAAAGGGAAGCACAACUAUUGUAAUGCUGCAGUGGCUGCAUUGUCUGUGGCUGGACUGGAUGUUGGAGUGGAUGUUGAAGCCAUCAAUGCAACAAUUGAAAAACUGAGGGCACCACCUCAUCGAAUGCAAAUUGUAUGCAAGGAUAUCCAUGGGCUUACAUGGGUGGAUGACAGCAAGGCAACAAACGUUGAAGCUGCAUAUGCAGGACUUACGGGUCUGAAGGGACAAAAGGCAGUGAUUCUACUUGGUGGCCUUGCUAAGGUCUUACAUGGACCAGCAUCAAAUGGUUUUGAACAAUUGAUAGAGCCACUGAAGGGCCAUAGAUGUGUAAUAACUUUUGGGUCUUCAGGAUCCCUGAUUCAUGACACGUUGUCCAAUAAUGGUCUUAGCAUUCCUUGUAUUCAAGCCUCAAAUCUGAAGGACGCAGUCAAACAUGCUAGGAAGAUGGCAAAGCAUGGUGAUGCCAUUGUUCUAAGUCCUGGUUGUGCUAGCUUUGACGAAUUCAAAAAUUUUGAGCACCGAGGGUUGGUUUUCCAGGAGCUGGCCUUAUCCUCAUAAUACAUUUUCAAUGGUUAUGAACUGUGCAUUAAAAAAUCAACUCUUGCAGUUGAUGAUAACAGGUAGAGAAUCAAAGAAGAGCCCUUAAGCAUUCAUUAUGGACGCAAUUUCGAGCAUGCAGAGAGAGCUAUCAUGUGUCUUUAAGGGUUGCUUUUAAUCGUUUCAUUUACUGGUGGAAAUGCGGCAAGGUCUAGAUUGGCAGGUUAACGUUUCUUUCAUCAGCAGACUGCUAGCAACUCUAUACAUGGAGAGUUGAAGAAAGCUCAGAUUCCUGUUAGGGAUGUGACUGAAUAGCGGUAUAGCAAGGCAAGAAUACCUUAAUUAUGUGUGUAAUUGAAGCAGCUGUAAAUCAUUUCACAAACCUGGAGCUUCCUCUUCUGUGUGUAAUCAAAAGCUCUGUCUGCAUGGUUUUGUUACUCUUUUGAUAUAAAAAAAAAAAAGAAAAGAAAAGAAAAUUGUAGAUAUUCCUUCCUAGUUACUUUCUACUACGCAAUGACUUUGUUUAUUACACCUCCCUGAGUUUUACCAUGAAGAAUUCAACUUAUUUGAAGCAA